GUAGGUAAAUACAACAUCCAACAUAUGUUGCCGAUGAUGUUGUAGUUUUUCCUUGGAUGGAGUGUAGAGCAGACUAGUUCAGGAAAACCUCAUUUACCCUAAAAUGUUAUAAAUUACGGCAUCGAUUUAUCCAGUUCUUUCAGAGAUAUUCUUGGCACAGAUAGAAUAGCAGGGAUUUGUAGUAUCAUCAAAAUCACCAUCUUCACCAUCAUCAUCAUCAUCAUCAUCAUCGUCAACCCGUACUGGUGGGAAGGGUGGGAAGCACCCGUAUGAAACGAUCGUUCAGCCAGUUCAGCAAUCGUCGUAUUGCGGAGAGUAAAGAGAAAGCAAUCUUGUAAGGCAAAGGAGUUUUGAUCGUUUUCAUGCCACGGGAGAAGAGUUGCGAGCUUGAUCACCUACUCUACUACUGCUGAUGGUGUCUACCUAGAUGAUCGAACGGUACUCCAUCGCGACUGAACCCAGCUCAGGAAUUUCAUUCAUCACUGAGACGUCGUGACGCAACAAGUGGUACACCUUGCCUUAGUGUAUUGUGUAGUUAUUAUCGGAGGAGCAGCCUCCAAGACAAGAUUUUUGGAGAUUUAAGAGGUGAUGAUUAGUGGUGAUUACCUACGUGGAUUACGGAUCGUAGUGGCGUUGUUGGUCACUGAAGGGAGGGACUCAGGAAGAACCUUGACAAACGGCCAGACAAGAAGUAGCCCAUGUAAACAAAAGUGAUGAGGUGGACAAACGAAUGAUUUUUUUUCUUCUGUAUCACCGAUUGAACAGUGUGUCCAAUAUUUGAGGGUGGCACGAGGAGAAAGUUGAUCGAAUAAGCUCUACUGUGAAGAUGACCCUGCUUCAAUUUUUUCUGCUCCUGUUGGGUCUGGUGCUGGUACGAUUGGUUUAUCUUUUGAUUACAAUAAGGCGUAAUUCGAACGCAAACAAUGUGGCCUCCUUCACGGGAACAAAGAGGAAAGGUCCGGUCCGUACGAUGAUCGUUAUGGGCUCAGGAGGUCAUACGGCUGAAAUGCUGCAAAUUGUCGAGCGCUUGGAUUUUACCAAAUAUUCGCCCCGAGAGUACGUGAUUGCAGCAGCUGACAAGACCAGUGUAGUCAAAGUGAUAGACCAGGAAGUUCAACGGGAACCUGAUUUGGCUAAACAAGCUUAUAGGAUUGUAACCAUCACCCGCAGCCGUCACGUCCAGCAAAGCUACUUCACCUCAAUCUUUACUACACUUAGCGCAGUACUGAAUAGCAUUCCUGUGGUGCUUAAAUCGCGUCCUGAGCUGAUUUUAACUAACGGUCCAGGAACGUGCGUUCCAAUUUGUCUUAUUGCCUUUUUGGCUCGACUUUUUUUCAUCAACAACAACUGCAAAAUCGUGUUCGUCGAAAGCUUCUGUCGGGUCCGAAGCCUAUCGCUCAGUGGACAAAUUCUACUCUGGAUUACCGAUUUAUUCGUGGUGCAAUGGCCUGGGUUAAUCGAAAAGGGUGCCGGAAGAAAAGUCGAAUAUUUUGGACGAUUAUCGUCCUGAGUCUUGAGCUGUUUCAAAAAGUGUCGAAAAAGUGCGCGUGAAUGGGAUACUAUACUCUAUAGAAGCCGAAAAUGAAAAAAAGAAACGAGAGUGCGUGAGCAAUCAACAAUCUAAGCGUAAAUAUAGUGGAUUAAUCUCUGCUGAGAGUAUCAACUAACACACUUUAGUUAGAGGCCGUAUAGCGUUAAUUUUGUCGCAAUGUUUUAUAAAUAAUGUAUAGGAUUGAUCUGAAGAAAAAAAAAAUGAUUAUGAGAAACC